AUGGUGCCCCUCCUCAGGCUCCUGCACCUUCUUAUGGCUCCUACACCUUCUUAUGGCCCUCCUCCUAAGGCUCCUACACCUUCUUAUGGCCCUCCUCCUAAGGCUCCUACACCUUCUUAUGGCCCACCUCCUAAGGCUCCUACACCUUCUUAUGGCCCUCCUCCUAAGGCUCCUACACCUUCUUAUGGCCCACCUCCUAAGGCUCCUACACCUUCUUAUGGCCCUCCUCCUAAGGCUCCUACACCUUCUUAUGGCCCUCCUCCUAAGGCUCCUACACCUUCUUAUGGCCCUCCUCCUAAGGCUCCUACACCUUCUUAUGGCCCUCCUCCUAAGGCUCCUACACCUUCUUAUGGCCCACCUCCUAAGGCUCCUACACCUUCCUACGGACCACCUCCUAAGGCUCCUACACCUUCUUAUGGCCCUCCUCCUAAGGCUCCUACACCUUCCUACGGACCACCUCCUAAGGCUCCUACACCUUCUUAUGGCCCUCCUCCUAAGGCUCCUACACCUUCUUAUGGCCCUCCUCCUAAGGCUCCUACACCUUCUUAUGGCCCACCUCCUAAGGCUCCUACACCUUCUUAUGGCCCUCCUCCUAAGGCUCCUACACCUUCUUAUGGCCCACCUCCUAAGGCUCCUACACCUUCUUAUGGCCCUCCUCCUAAGGCUCCUACACCUUCCUACGGACCACCUCCUAAGGCUCCUACACCUUCUUAUGGCCCACCUCCUAAGGCUCCUACACCUUCUUAUGGCCCACCUCCUAAGGCUCCUACACCUUCCUACGGACCACCUCCUAAGGCUCCUACACCUUCCUACGGACCACCUCCUAAGGCUCCUACACCUUCCUACGGACCACCUCCUAAGGCUCCUACACCUUCUUAUGGCCCUCCUCCUAAGGCUCCUGCACCUUCUUAUGGCACCAGACCCACAUAUGGCCCUCCACCAAAGGCACCCAGACCCACAUAUGGCCCUCCACCAAAGGCACCCAGACCCACAUAUGGCCCUCCACCAAAGGCACCCAGACCCACAUAUGGCCCUCCACCAAAGGCACCCAGACCCACAUAUGGCCCUCCACCAAAGGCACCCAGACCCACAUAUGGCCCUCCACCAAAGGCUCCUAGGCCUACUUACGGUGCCCCACCCAAGGCCCCCACAACAUAUGGCCCCCCACCCAAGGCCCCAAGCCCUCAGUAUGGUGCUCCUGCAAACACUGGCCCCAUCUACAUAAACGCCCCACCGGCUCCUGCUCCCGUCCUGGUACCUGCUCCAGAGCCUCAGUACGCUGCUCCUGCCGCCCCUAGACCUUCUUAUGGUGCACCGCCCAAAGCGCCUCCUAAGGCCCCUGCCCCUACAUAUGGUGCUCCUCCCAAAGCCCCUGCCCCUACAUAUGGUGCUCCUCCCAAGGCCCCUGCCCCUACAUAUGGUGCUCCUCUCAAGGCCCCUACCCCUACCUAUGGUGCCCCUCCCAAGGCUCCCCCUAAGGCCCCUACCCCUACAUAUGGUGCCCCUCCUCAGGCUCCUGCACCUACUUAUGGUGCCCCGCUCAAGGCCCCGACCCCUACAUAUGGUGCCCCUCCCAAGGCUCCUCCCAAGGCCCCUCUUCCUUCCUAUGGCCCCCCUCCCAAGGCAACAAAAGCUCCAUCAUACGCCCCUCCCCCACCAACUUACGGCCCUCCCAAGCCCGCCCCUACCAAGGGAACUCCUGCCCCUCAUAUCAUCUAUGCUGGCCAUCCUCCCAUCCACGUUUACCAGCAGCCUCCCGUUUACCAGGUUACGAAAGCACCCAAGGCUCAGUACGCUGCUCCCGCUGCCCCCAAGCCCAGCUAUGGACCUCCUCCCAAGGCCCCUGCACCCACAUAUGGACCCCCUAAAGCGCCUCCUAAGGCCCCUGCACCUUCAUAUGGCGCCCCUCCCAAGGCUCCCCCAAAGGCUCCUAGGCCAAGUUAUGGUGCCCCACCAAGACCAAACUAUGGCCCACCUCCUAAGGCUCCUACACCUUCUUAUGGCCCACCUCCUAAGGCUCCUACACCUUCUUAUGGCCCUCCUCCUAAGGCUCCUGCACCUUCUUAUGGCCCUCCUCCUAAGGCUCCCACACCUUCCUACGGACCACCUCCUAAGGCUCCUACACCUUCCUACGGACCACCUCCUAAGGCUCCUACACCUUCCUACGGACCACCUCCUAAGGCUCCUACACCUUCCUAUGGACCACCUCCUAAGGCUCCUACACCUUCCUACGGACCACCUCCUAAAGCUCCAAGACCAAGCUAUGGCCCCCCUCCUAAGGCCCCUGCACCUUCCUAUGGCCCACCCCCUAAGGCUCCCUCACCUUCUUAUGGCGCACCCAAGGCUCCAAGACCGACUUAUGGCGCACCCAAGGCUCCAAGACCGACUUAUGGCCCCCCUCCCAAGGCUCAUAAAGCCCCAAGACCAACCUAUGGCGCCCCACCAAAGGCUCCUACCCCAAGCUACGCCCCCCCGAAGCCCGCUGCCAAGCCCGAGCCCGUAUACGUCCCAGCACCCAAGGCCUACCAUAAGCCCCCAAUCAUCAUCUACCAGGGCGUGAGGCCUCCCGUGCACGUCUACCAGCAGCCUAGCAAGGGAUCAAGUUCCGGAGGACACUCUGCGCCAUCGGGUGGAUACGGCGCUCCUCAAGCGGUUCCGUCAGCCUAUGGCGCUCCAAAGGGAGAAGAUAUCAUCGCACCAAAGGGCUCAGAUUCCUACUCUGCUGGCAGCGCCCCCGCGCCUACAGUUAACGCCGCUCCCGCCGCAGCACCAACCUCCAGCUAUGCUGCCAAAAGCGAUGUCGUUGAUGAAGUAGAGAGUGACUGGGAACCUUCUGUUGGAUACUCUGCCUAUACAGACGCAUCGCUUUCCGUAGAAGCCAUUCAGCCACAGAACAGGGUCGAGAAAAAUGUAUCUGCUGAAGUGAGCGAGGCCAAGGUGUCCACCUCCGUAUCUGUGUCAGCAUCUGCGUGAGCAGUACCUGGUUGAUCUUGAUGCAUCUCUUGUGAUAAUUUCACAGCACACACUGUUGAUUAUUUAACUGUACUGUGUUGAUUUGAAAUCAUGAUUCAUCUGCGUUGUGUCAAGUGACAUCAGAUAAUGUUUAGAAGUAUUGCAUAAUACACUAUUGCAUUUCGCAACACCAUGCAAUGACAGGAGGUAUUAAGCAAUGCUAUUCGGAGUGUCUGGGCACUGGUGAAUAUUGUUUGAAUACAUAUAUUGCAUUACAUAUGGUUUCAUGCAGUAUUUGGCAGUGCUAAGUGUACUUUAGGUUAUUUAUUGUUAUGCUCAGCAAGGGCAUCGCCCUCUCCCAGGGUGUCUUGUGAUGUGUGUGAGAGCGAAUGUUGCAGCUCACCAACCCUCAUUUUGUGUGUGAACGGCUGCUGUUGUUAUUACUGUAUCUCUUCGUAAAUUAGCCAAGAUGUUUUCCGUACAAAUUCUUCAAAUUGCAAGCAUAUUUUUUUCUAAUUUGUUUUUGACAUUUUGACGUUGUUAUUUAUUAUUCUGUAUAUAGUUGGGUUGAUACCACAACUGGCGGGCCUCAUCUCAUACAUGCUUUAACUUGUUAUAUUUAUUGCUCUGCGACCUGGGCCAAAAGGCUCUGAGAAAAAGAGUUUAGGGAAUUACACACAUGCAGUUACAUGUCUAAGGCCAGUACAGACAUUUUUAUAAACCCUAGCUUUUAUUCUUCAGGCCAGUAAUUAACUCAUUCCCCAUCUGAUGGCAACCGCAUCAGAAUAUAUACUUUCAAAAAUGAUAGUUCAGAAAGACAGACGGCUUUAUAUGAACCAAUUUUUUUCUUCUUCAUUCAAACACUUACCCAGCGUAAACCAAAGCAAUCUGCUACGGCUAAACCCCCUUAUUAAUGCAAGAAAGGUUAGCUUAACAGGUAUAAACAACAAUCUCUUUUUCACAUUCAUCCCGAAGGAACUCUUCACAACUCUAGAGCCAUUGGUACUAAAUGGUUAUUAUUACCAGUAUCUGCAUCACGUCUGAAGAGUAUCAAGUAGUAUCCGUUGAAAUUCGGACGUGAUGAGAAGCAUCGGGUCGGACCAUAGUUCUCACCGUCACCGACAGGCGUUGUAUCAAUCCAUUCCCCCGUCAGGUGGGGUCAACACUACAUGGAGGCCGCUGGCGGAACCUCAAGUCUCGUGUAACAUAAGUAAGAUUUUUUAUGCCUCUGAAUAGGUAUUUUUUAAUAUUUAUGAUUUUGAUGACUAAUUAAAUGCUGUUCAAUAAAAA